AUGAGGUUAAAUUUCACAAGCAAAAUUAUUGAGGAACUGGAGUUUGAAAACCAGAUGAUGGACCGCUAUAUCAAAAAAUUCGACAUAAAGAUAGAGUUGCCGGAAGAAGCUCCUGCUUCUGAUACGAACCGCAAGAGGUCCAGGUCCAGGAGCCGUGGCGCUGUUCAAGAUCGCACUCUUAAGUUAACAGCCGAACAAAAAUGCACUAUAGCGCAAGUGGAAAUUGAGGACUAUAAACAAGAUAUGGCAGCACUCAAAGCAUCGUCAGAAAAAAUCAUCGAUGGCUACAAAGCUAUAAUCGAAGAGGCUGACAUACAGUUAAAAGAGGCAAAAAAAUUCACUUACGAUUUUGAAAAAGAAGUGAUUAAAGCCUCAUACCAAGAGCGUUUCCACGCGGUACUUGCUGAGAGGGUAAUGCGGUUUUUGGAGGAACAUAUUCGCGGUAGGGAUACACUAGUAGAACAACUGCGAUUGAAGAACUCAACGUUAAAAAUUCAAAAGAAGAAACUAAUGGCACAGUUGCGACAGAAGGAGGAGAUGGGCGAAGUUCUUCACGAGGUCGACUUUGAACAGCUUAAAAUUGAAAAUUCUAUAUUUCUCGCAUCGAUCGAUGCGAAGAAUCAUGAGCUGUUGCGUCUCAAAUUGACUGCCGGCAGAACACUGCAGGUCGUAAAUGCAUACAGGGAAAAGGAGCAAGUGGAAGCUGCUACCGCCAAGCUCAAGCAGUUGAUUGGAGACUAUCGCGUGCCAGCGGCAUUCGCCUACGUGGACUGUGUUCGAAAUAUGCGCACGCUGAGGAGAAAGGAGAAGAUACAUGAACGCAAAGUGGCUAUAGCUAAGGUGGGUGAGGCCCGACGGCCUACCAGUGAGCGAUCGUGUUGGAAAAAGGCUUGA